AUGCGUGCUUAUCUAGUUAGAAAAGCCAAGGCAGUGGGCUUAUUUCCUUUCCAAGCCAAGGCAGUGGGCUUAUUUCCUUUCCAAGCCAAGGCAGUGGGCUUAUUUCCUGUCCAAGCCAAGGCAGUGGGCUUAUUUCCUUUCCAAGCCAAGGCAGUGGGCUCAUUUCCUUUCCAAGCCAAGGCAGUGGGCUUAUUUCCUUUCAAAGCCAAGGCAGUGGGCGUAUUUCAUUUCCAAGCUUGUCUCCGUUCCAAGCAAGGGAGGGAAGAGUAUUUUCAAUUAUUGAAUAAAUCGGAGCGAAAGCCAGCCAGGCAGCCGGUGCGGCAGCAGCGUGAGGGGGACAGCCAGCCCCCGCCGCUCUUCACUGCUGUGGCUGCCGCUGCUGCGUCAGGCGAAUCCUUUGUCCUCGACGUCCCUCUCAGACGGACAACUGCUGCUGCUGCUGCUACAAAUGCUGCUACAGAAGCUGCUACAGCUGGUUACACACCUGCUGCUGCUGCUACAACCGGAGCAGCCAGACUGCAAGCCCAGGGGAGGAGGAGGAGGCAGCGAACGGUGAUCAUCGGGCCAGUCUCCCUGCAACGGGCCGCUGUAACCGCAGGGUACCAGCUGUCUCAGAAGCGCCCGAAAGGCCCCUGCAGCAUGUGGUUCAAGAGAGUCUUCAUAGUCAGAGUCAAGUCUGCUGCUGAUUUCGCCGCCAGGGCCUCUCUCCCGUGCACCGCCACCGUUAUUCUGCAUUUACAGAAAGAUUUGAUGCUGCCUAAAGGGGUUAUUUUCGGGCGGCAGCAGUCGUGCACGAUACUCAUGUCAGCGAAAUGGCCUGGUUACACGGUGACGGGUGGUAACCAUAUGUAUCCGGUGCUGCGCGUGUGGAACACUAGUAACUUCAUGUCGCUGAACGUGAACUAUCGCCUGCCGGUGACGGAGAGCAGCCCCGAGUGCACCAUCGUGCCAGAGCUGGGCAAAGGCGUGACCUGCCCCGCCAUCUCCAUCCAUCGGUCCUUCGGCGUGCAGAUUGGCAAGAGAACACCACUAACUGGGCAAGGAGUGGCAGAGCUGGGCAAGGGAGUGGCAGAGCUGGGCAAGGGAGUGGCAGAGCUGGGCAAGGGAGUGGCAGAGCUGGGCAAGGGAGUGGCAGAGCUGGGCAAGGGAGUGGCAGAGCUGGGCAAGGGAGUGGCAGAGCUGGGCAAGGGAGUGGCAGAGCUGGGCAAGGAGUGGCAGAGCUGGGCAAGGGAGUGGCAAAGCUGGGCAAGGGAGUGGCAGAGCUGGGCAAGGAGUGGCAGAGCUGGGCAAGGGAGUGGCAGAGCUGGGCAAGGAGUGGCAGAGCUGGGCAAGGGAGUGGCAGAGCUGAUCAAGGGAGUGGCAGAGCUGGGCAAGGAGUGGCAGAGCCGGGCAAGGAGUGGCGGAGCUGGGCAAGGAGUGGCAGAGCUGGGCAAGGGAGUGGCAGAGCUGGGCAAGGAGUGGCAGAGCUGGGCAAGGGAGUGGCAGAGCUGGGCAAGGGAGUGGCAGAGCUGGGCAAGGGAGUGGCAGAGCUGGGCAAGGGAGUGGCAGAGCUGGGCAAGGAGUGGCAGAGCUGGGCAAGGAAUGGCAGAGCUGGGCAAGGGAGUGGCAGAGCUGGGCAAGGAAGCUGGGCAAGGAGUGGCAGAGCUUGGCAAGGGAGUGGCAGAGCUGGACAGGGACUGGCAGAGCUGGGCAAGGAGUGGCAGAGCCAGGCAAGGAGUGGCAGAGCCAGGCAAGGAGUGGCGUGCCCCGCGACGCACUCCUCAUCUGUCCACGUGCCUCCACUCUCAUCCCCAUUCCCUCUCCUUCCCUUCCCCUCACAGCACCGUCUUUGGCCCAGUGGGCGUGCAAUGGAGCAUGGCCAUGCCGCGUGCGGCUAGACUCACUAACGCUCACUGGAGUGGUUUCUCUCUCUUUUUCUCAUCCCACACAUCGUCUCAAGCUCCCGCGUGCCUCCAAGCUACCCCCUAUCCCGUCUUCCUCUCUCCCCCCCAGGGCAACAUCUUUGGGCGAGUGGACGUGCUACACAGCAUGGACGUGCGCCUGGACUCACUCUCGGUCACCGGAGUGGCUUCCUUUAUCAAGUCGCCUGGGGUGAUCCGAGUGGCCCUGUGUGGGUACGAGCCGGGACUUCUCAAAUCCAACGUUGUCAUCUCCAACAAUGAGAGGAGCAGUGGGCACAGUAAUAACAAACAACAACAUCCAUGGCUACAUCUUCUCAUCACCAUGCUCUUUCCCGCUCUUUCCCUUAAUCCACUCCCCCCUCUUUCCUUGCUUGAAGGGGUGAACACCCCCGUUGUGCUGCACAGGGGAGCAGAGGGCAUAGCAGUCACCAGCAUCUACAUCCAUGACCAUUGGGUGAACACUCCGAUCCUCUUGCACUGGAGAGCAGUUGGUGUAACCGUCAGGAACAACUACGUGCGCGACUUCAUAUUCGCAGGGAUCAAGUGCGGUGCCGACGUGCAUUACAGCUUUGCGUGCAUGCUCUCUCGCAUCAACUCCAACCUUGUGGUUUCCUCUGGGAGGAACCUGAACGGGGAUCACGACUCGGCUGGGAUCUACUUCUACACGCACUGGUUCAGUCCCGGGAACUCGGCGCUGUGCAACUACGUGUUCAACGGCGACCACUGCUACUAUCUGGACCAUUGCACGUCAGGCGUGCUUGUCAGGGGAGGCGCGUGCGUGAAUACGUAUGACGGCAUGAAAGUGAAUAACGGCAAGCGGUGA